AUGUACCAGAUUCUUGGAAGCAAUGGUGGUGGCAGCCAUGAUCUGGAAAUGCUUGGAACCAAUGCUAGGGGCAGCCAUGAUGUGGAAGUUGUUGAUACUCAAAAUGGUAGCCCACAAGAAGAACAAGUUUUCAGAGAGGCUGCAGUUGUUGAAGCUAGCACUGGUGUGAAAGGUAACAAGAAGAUAUCUAAAAAUUUUAGUGUAAAGGAGGACAAUCUUUUGGUGGCAGCAUGGUUAGAAAUUAGCAUGGAUGCAGUACAAGGCACUGAUCUACCUCAUGCAACUUACUGGGAAAGAAUUCAUGAGCACUACCACUUGCACAAGGAUUUCGAGACUGACCGUAAUUGUGGUUCUCUUGCUCAUCGUUGGGGUAUCAUUCUAGAAGCAGUUAACAAGUUUUGUUCAUGGUAUGGUCAUGUCCAAAGAAGGCAGGAAAGUGGUUUGACGGAGCAAGAUAGGGUACUUCAAACCUGUGAAGUGUUCAAAAAGGAGGAAGGCAAAGCAUUUUGUUUGCUGCAUUGUUGGAACGCCUUGCGGUACGAGGAAAAGUGGAAGGAGGCAUGUGCAAAUAAGAAACAGAAGACCAGCAUCAAUGCUAGUCCAGGGGCAUCUACUCCUCCAAGCUCUACAAAUGGUCAUGGUAAUGAACAGGACUGUGCUAGUCACUCCACAGAAGCUACCAAUGCAAGACCUGAUGGUAGGAAGAAGGAGAAAGAACGCCUGCGCAAAGGUAAAGACCCCAUCUCUCCUGCUGAAAACCUUUAUAUGGAUGCCAUGGAGAAUUUGUGGGCUAAGAAGAAAGAGGUGGAAGAGAUGAAAGAGCUAAAAAAAGAGUGA